AGGAAAAUCAGCUUUAAAGAUGGAAUUUAAUUAAAGAAAUACCAUUUCGCGCAAAUAAAUAAUGUUUACACUACAUACUCAUAAUUCUGCAAACGCAAAUGUUCAAUAUCUAAUUGUAUAGCAUUCUUAGAAGUAGAAAUUUCGUGAUUGAAAGGUGCGUUUUCAUAACUAAAAUGUCUAAGUUGUACCAAGGAAUUGUUGGUGUUUGCGAUAAAUUCGUACCGACGAAUCUGCGACCACUUUGGGAACAUCCAGCUGGACCGAAAACUAUUUUCUUUUGGGCUCCUGCAUUCAAAUGGGGCCUAGUCCUCGGCGGUCUAGGCGACAUAAACCGGCCCGCAGAGAAGCUGUCCAUCCCACAGGUGAGCUCCCUCGCCGCCACGGGGCUGAUCUGGUCGCGCUACUCUCUCGUCAUCAUCCCCAAGAACUACAGCCUCUUCUAUGUGAACGUGUUCGUCGCCGCCAUCAACGUGUAUCAGCUCGCCAGGGCCAUUAAUUACCAGCAGUCGUUGCCCAAGAAAUAGAAGAAGAUAUGACUGUAGAAA